CCCGGAGCUCGGCGGCUCCCUGGACGCGUGGCUUGGCGGCUUCCCCCGGGCACGUCUCGAUGAUGACGAUGCGGUCGGCGCGGAUGGUCCGCACGCCCGGCAUGGUCGAGUACAGCUCGAGCAGGCGGGAAAGCGAGGCAGCCGCCGGGCGCCGACGUAGCGGAGAGAAGCCGUCGCCUGACGGAAGCCGAGCCGCUUCGGCGGCCCGCUUGGCCCGCUUCCGCUCCAGGAGAGCUUUUUUCCACUCAGGCAGGGUCGAGGAAUCCAUGGCUGCUGCUUCGGAGCGACUUUGACUGCAAGGCGCAAGGACUCUGAGAUGGAGGAGCGCCGCAUCCUGGUCCUUUUUGGCAGCCAGACCGGCACAGCCGAGGAUUUUGCAGAGAGGAUCGGACGCGAGGCAAAGCGACGGCACUUCCGGUGCCGAGUCGACGCCCCUGGACAACUAUGCGGUGGUGAGUGCAAAAUCCGCUUACGCCAAAUGACAUGAUCCCAGAGCAUGUGCAGAGUUCAAGCUGCUCUCCAUUUUUCCCUGCUCCUCCCAGGCCAACUGAUCCACGAGCCACUGGUGGUUUUCGUCUGCGCCACCACAGGGCAAGGAGACCCUCCGGAUAACAUGAAGAAUUUCUGGAGGUUCCUCUUCCGGAAGAGCCUCUCUCCAUCUUCCCUCUGCCGGUUGGACUACGCCGUUCUCGGGCUUGGCGAUUCCUCGUAUCCCAAGUUCAACUUUGUCGCCAAGAAGCUGCACAAGAGGCUUCACAAGUUGGGCGGCUGCCCGUUGCUGCCGGCCGCCUUGGGAGACGACCAGCAUGACUUGGGCCCGGACGCCGUCGUCGAUCCCUGGCUUUCAGAUCUCUGGGAGAAGAUCCUGGCUUUGUACCCUCUUCCUCCUGGCCGGCAAAUCCUUAAUCCGGACAUCAUCUUGCCACCCCGCUUCAACGUCCACUUCCUGGAUGGAGAUGAGGCCGGGCGCCCGGACCCCGCCGACCCGGGUCCCGCGUGCGAACAGCGCCCCUUCCCGGCCCGGAUGCUAUCCAACCAGAGGGUGACGUCUGAGUCGCACUUCCAGGACGUCCGGCUGAUCGAGCUGGACGUGGCUGGAUCCGGGAUCGAGGCCGCUGCCGGUGAUGUCGCCAUGGUUGCCCCCCGCAACGCCCCAGAUGACGUGGAGCUCUUCUGCCGCCUCUUGAACCUGGACCCACACCGGUGCUUCGUGGCAGAGCCGGCCGACGAGGGCGCUGUGCUGCCUUUACUGCUCCCCCAGCCCUGCAGCGUUGGCUACCUAGUGGAAAACUACCUGGACAUCGCCAGCGUCCCCCGCCGUUCAUUUUUCGAACUCACCGCCCAGCUCUCGCCCGACGAGCGCGAGCAAGAGAAGCUGCGGGAAUUCGCCUCGGCAUCCGGGCAGGAGGAGCUCUAUGCCUACUGCAACCGGCCGCGGCGGACCACUUUGGAGGUCCUGAGCGAUUUCCCCAAGACGGCGGCCGCCAUCCCCUGUCACCUCCUGCUGGACCUGAUCCCUCGCAUCCGGGCCCGGGCCUUCUCUGUCGCCUCUUCCAUGCUGGCCCUCCCCAACCACAUCCAGAUCCUGGUGGCCGUGGUCCGCUACAAGACGCGCCUGGCCCGGCCCCGGCGUGGGCUCUGCUCCACCUGGCUGGCCUCCCUUGACCCGACGCACGGGCCCGUCCAAGUGCCGCUCUGGGUGAAGAGGGGGGCGCUGAGGUUCCCGGACGACCCCGACACCCCCAUCGUUAUGAUCGCACCCGGGACAGGCGUGGCUCCCUUCCGCGCCGCCAUCCAGGAACGCGUAGCACAGGGCAAGAGAGGCAACUUCCUGUUCUUCGGCUGCCGUCACCAAGCCCACGACUUCUACUUCCGGGACGAGUGGGCGGAGCUUGUUGCCCAAGGCUUCCUGUCCGUCUUUGCCGCCUUUUCCCGGGACCAGGACGAGAAGGUCUACGUCCAGCACCGCCUGCGAGAAAACCGGGCGCUGCUAUGGGAGCUGGUGAGGCGUGGCGCCUGGAUCUAUCUGGCCGGGAGCGCCAAGGAGGUGCCUGAAUCCGUCGCUGACGCCCUCAGGUCCGGGUUUGAGUCCGAGGGCGGCCUGUCGGCGCCCCAAGCGGCCGAGUUCCUAGCCGCACUGGAGCGGGCACGGCGCUUCCAGGCCGAGACGUGGUCCUGAACUGGGCACCCGGGAAACGUAGACCCUGCGGGUAUGUCUGGGCGCUACGGUUCCCAGAAUCCCCCUGGUUCCUGGUGGCGGGUUGACAGUGCUGUAGUUUCUGGUGCCUGGCAGUCGUGUCUUGUACCCGUUACUGGGAAUAAAACUAUGACUGUUAUUGUGA